GAUUGUCGCGUCUAUAGAUUUUGGAACAACAUAUUCAGGCUGGGCAUUUUCAUUUCGAACUGAUUAUAAAAAAGAUCCUACCAAAGCCGACGUUAAACAUUGGCAUUCCGGUACUGGAACUCUAGUAACAAUCAAGACACCUACUUGUUUGCUGGUAAAACCAGAUGGAGUAACCUUUCAAGCGUUUGGCUAUGAUGCAGAAAAUCAAUACUUGGAAUUAGCAGAUAAAGAUGAGCACAGAAAUUACUAUUAUUUUAGGCGGUGCACUUGGGAAGCAUCUUACGAAAGAAAUCAAUGUCACGGAUGAAAUGGGAAAGAAACUUCUGGGUAUAGAUGUGUUUGCAAUGUCUAUCAAAUUCAUGAUCGACGAUUUGAUGGUUGUUGUCAAUCAGCGCCUGACUGGGAUAAUAAUGGAGACCGACAUCCACUGGGUGAUCACAGUACCAGCGAUAUGGUCUGAUCCUGCAAAACAGUUUAUGAGGCAUGCUGCAAUAAAGGCUGGUAUAGCUACAGAAAGACUGACAAUAGUCUUUGAACCAGAAGCUGCCUCGUUAUACUGUCGACAUCUUCCUGUAAAUACAACCGUUACUGAUGGUAGUUUGACGAUAUCCGAAUUCCCGACUGGAACAAAGUACAUGGUUAUCGAUGCUGGAGGGGGAACGAUUGAUAUCACAGUCCAUGAAGUUCAAAGUAUAUUCACAAUAUACCUUACGAGAAGUCAGAGCAGCAAAUGGAGGUGACUGGGGAGGAAUCAUUGUAGAUAAUGCGUUUGAACACUUUCUCAUUGACCUAGUUGGCGAAACCGUGUUUAAUACUUUUAAACAUACGGAAACGGUAGAUUGGCUUCAUCUUAGUCGAGAGUUUGAAAGAAAAAAACAAGCAGCUGGAACACAAUCGGAGGGAAAUGUAAUCAUGCAUUUUCCGGUGUCGCUUAUUGAUUUAUUUGAGACGGAAAGGAGAGAAAAAUGAGUAUCAAAGAUGCAAUAGUAGCUUCAAAAUAUGGUAAAACAGUAGAGCUGAAAAGAGACAAGUUACAAAUAUCACAUUCCACCGUAGAAAAGUUAUCUGAAGACUCAAUACUGCAAAUAGUUAAGCACGUAAAAAUAUUGAUGAACGACGAAAGAAUGGCAGACAUCAAAGCCGUACUCACGGUGGGUGGAUACUCAGAGUCUCCUCUCUUGCAACGUGCAAUCAAAUCAGCACUUCCAGGAAUCCAUAUUGUGAUUCCAUAGGAGGCGUCAUCUGCUGUGUUGAGGGGAGCCUUGAUUUCCGGCCACAAUCCCGCGACAGUAACCGAGAGGGUACUUAAGUAUAUAUGGUGUAAAUAUGGAUAAACCAUUUGUGGAGGGAAAACAUCAGGAAAGCAAACGCUUGAAGACUGAUGCAGGUGACUUAUGUGUCGGCAUUUUUGGCAAACUGAUCGAAAAAGAUUUGAGAGUGGUGCCAGGUGAAACACAAGUUAAAAGAUAUUUUUACACUGCUAACAAGAAACAAAUUGGUAUGCGUUUUGAUAUUUUCAUUUCUGAAGAGAAAAACCCUACAUAUGUAGAUGACAAAGGAUGUACCAAAAUCGGAACAAUACGAAUAAAAUUUGAAGAACCAGAUGGUUUACCCAGACAUAAUGUCAAUUUAUCAAUGUUACUUGGUGGCACUGAAAUUAUAAUAGAAUUAGAGGAAGAAAAGACGAGAAACAAAAUAAUAAAUACAACUGAGUUUUGGGGCUGAAUGACAAUCAGUGACAAUUUGCAUAAAACUCAUGUUAUUUUUGAAUGACACGUAGGUUUCAAUCUGUUCAUAACAUAACAUUAUAUACUGAUGUUUCGGUUGUAUUUAUUCUCCUUUUUACAGCUCAUAUUAGAAAUUAUAAAAAAAAUAUAACUGAGUACUUUAAAAACCUG